AGCACACCCAAAAGAAAAACAAAAAACAACCCACGUCCACCACCACCAGUCUCUCUCUCACUCUCUCUCUCUCUCUCCGCACUUGCACAUUCAUAUCCAUCCGAACCUUUCGCCAUCAAUCUAUCUUUCUACCCAACCCAACCCAACUCAACUUUCCUUUGUUCCCUUCCCGACACUACUGCCUCUCGCCGCCGGCCACCUCCAUCACUUUAUACCAAAAAAGAAAAGAAGAAGAAGUAGAAUAAGAAGAAGAUAUCCACUAAUUUUCUUUUCUGGCCAAGUACUAGUCUUUCUCUUCAAAUAGUUUCUUCAUCUAAAGUGUUGUCUUUCAAUCUUGUCCUGCUGGAAUUAGGAGAGAUUUUUAGUUACUCAGAUCAGAAGUUGUUAAGAUUGGAUAUGUGGGUUGCUCUCAAUUGGAAUCACGGAUGCGUUGGUGUACUUUUUCUGGACUUCUGGGGAAGAACUGAGGCUGAUUAGUUGAAUGAAGCUAAACCAAAUCAAACCAAACCCAAACCAAACCUUUCUCAGUUUUGUUUUGGUGUUCUGUUUUGGUAAUUUGAGCUCUGAUCUGUAGAGUCCAGUUUAGAUUAGCUGUUGUGGAUUUGUAUUUCUUUUGGGCUUGAUCAAUCAAUGGAGAAGAGAGUUGGAGGCGAAGCUAAUCUUUUGUAUGGUCUGGGUUCUGCGGAUUUGAGGGCGGUUGGGAAAAGGAGUCUGGAGUGGGAUCCUAAUGAUUGGAGAUGGGAUGGUGAUCUUUUCAUUGCUAGCCCAUUAAAUUCCAAUCAUUCUUCUAAUUACCAGAGCAGGCAACUGUUCCCACUUGUUUCUGGAAUUCCCGCGGUUGGGGUUUCCUCCAACAGUUCAUCAUCAUGCUCUGAUGAGGUGGUGAAUCCUGUGACUGUUCAAGCAAAAGGGGAUUUGGAGAAGCGGAGGAGGGUAAUUGUAGUCGAAGAUGAGAAUUUGGAUGAUGAGGCCAGGAACCUUACUUUAAAGAUUGGUGGUGGCCAUGCCUAUCCUAUGACUGAAACUGAAAGGGAGGCUGGGAAUUGGGAUGGGACAAGUGGGAAUGGGAACAAGUCCAAGUUACCUGGUGCCCCAAUUACAAAUCGUGCUGUUUGUCAGGUAGAGGACUGUGGGAUUGACCUGAGCAAUGCCAAGGAUUAUCAUAGACGACAUAAGGUUUGCGAAAUGCAUUCCAAGGCCAGCAGGGCACUUGUUGGGAGUGUUCUGCAGCGGUUCUGCCAACAGUGCAGUAGGUUUCAUGUACUGAAAGAAUUUGAUGACGGGAAGCGAAGCUGUCGGAGACGUUUAGCAGGCCAUAAUAGGAGGAGGAGGAAGACACAACCUGAUGCUGUUGUUAAUAGCAGUUCGUUCAACGAUGACCAGGCUAGCAGUUAUCUAUUGAUAAAUCUACUAAGGAUACUUUCCAACAUGCAUUCCAAUAAAUCAAACCAACCAAGUGAUCAGGAUCUGUUAUCUCAUAUUUUAAGAAGCUUAGCGAGCCAUGGUGGUCUCCAUGGGGAUAAAAACAUAUCUGGCCUCCUGCAGGAAUCUCAGAAUUUGUUGAAUAGUGGAAAUUCAGAAAUGGUUUCGGCUUUGCUUUCUAAUAGUUCUCAAGGUGCUCCAAGACCCAUUCAACAAAAUCUCCCAGUAACCACAUCUGAGGUGCCGCAAAGAGGGUUCUGUGUCAAGGAUGCAAGGGAUCAAGAUGUACAAACUGCACACUUUGAAAACCUGACUACUCUGUUCUCAAUUAAAGAUAGUCCUCCAGCUUAUUCAGAAGCCAGAGACAGUUCUGCAGGGCGAAGUAGGUUGAAUAAUUUUGAUUUAAAUGAUGUAUAUGUUGAUUCAGAUGAGUGCACAGAAGAUUUGGAGAGGUCACCAGUGGCGUUGGAUUUGAGGACUGCUUCUCUUGAAUGCCCUUCAUGGGUACAACAAGACUCUCAUCAGUCAAGUCCGCCUCAGACAAGUGGAAAUUCAGAUUCAGCAUCUGCUCAGUCACCUUCUAGUUUCAGUGGAGAAUCUCAGAGCCGCACAGAUCGAAUUGUCCUCAAAUUAUUUGGGAAAGAACCAAGUGAUUUUCCUUAUGCCCUACGGGCACAGAUUCUCAACUGGUUAUCUCACAGUCCUACUGACAUCGAGAGCUACAUUAGGCCUGGUUGUAUUGUCUUAACAAUUUAUCUUUGCCUGCCCGAUUCAGCAUGGGAAGAGCUUUGCUGUGAUCUGACCUCCAGUUUGAGUAGGCUUCUUGAUGCCUCCAAUGAUGACACUUUCUGGACAACUGGAUGGGUUUACAUUAGGGUGCAGCAUCAAGUAGCUUUUAUGUACAAUGGUCAGGUUGUUGCAGAGACUUCCUUACCUUUAAAGAAUGAUAAUUGUAGUGCUAUUCUAAGUGUCAAACCUAUUGCAGUAUCUAUAUCAGAGAGAGCCCAAUUUCUGGUUAAAGGUUUUAACUUAAAACAACCCUCCACUAGAUUACUCUGUGCACUUGAGGGGAAUUAUCUAGUUGAAGAAGCUACUGAUGAGUUGGUAGAGGAUGUUGAUAUUCUCAACUUUUCUUGCUCUAUACCUGCGGUGACUGGAAGAGGAUUUAUUGAGGUUGAAGAUCAUGGUCUUAGCAGCAGCUUUUUUCCGUUUAUAGUUGCAGAGAAGGAUGUUUGCUCUGAGAUUUGUACACUUGAGAAUGCAAUUGAUUUGACUGAGACUGAUGAUAUCCAGGGAGAAAAUGCAAAAAUGGAAGCAAGAACUCAAGCCAUGGAUUUUGUACAUGAAAUGGGUUGGCUCCUCCACAGAAGUCGCUUGAAGUCCCGAUUGGGUCACUUUGAUCCCAAUUCAGAACUCUUUCCUUUAGGACGAUUCAAGUGGCUCAUGGAAUUUUCCAUGGAUCAUGAUUGGUGUGCAGUAGUCAAGAAACUGUUGGACAUUCUUCUCGAUGGAACUGCGGGUACAGGUGUGGGAGAGCACCCCUUCCUGAAGCCUACACUAUCUGAGAUGGGUCUUAUUCACAGAGCUGUACGGAGAAAUUCUAGGCCUCUGGUUGAGUGCCUGCUGAGAUAUGUCCCUGAGAAAGUUUCAGAUGAAUUAAGAUCUGAACUCAGUCAUCUGGUUGGAGGUGAUGAGAACUUAUUCAGGCCUGAUGUGGUAGGCCCUUCAGGUUUGACUCCCCUCCAUGUUGCAGCCGGUAUAGAUGGUUCUGAGGAUGUUCUGGAUGCUUUAACUGAUGAUCCUGGAAAGGUGGGAGUUGAAGCAUGGAAGAGUGCUCGUGACAGCACGGGUUUCACACCUGAAGAUUAUGCUCGAUUGCGGGGACACUACUCUUACAUCCACCUGGUCCAGAAAAAAAUUAAUCGAAGAGCAGUAACUGGGCAUGUGGUGGUUGAUAUUCCUGGUUAUCUGUCAGACUGCAACAUCAUCAACCAGAAGCAAAAUGAGCAGCAAGUUGCCAGUUUUGAGAUUGGAAGUAGUGAAAUAAGGCGAUGCAUCAAACAGUCGUGCAGACUCUGUGAUCUGAAGAAGCUGUCUUAUGGCAACAAUGCCAACAGUAGUUCUCUUCUGUACAGGCCUGCAAUGCUGUCGAUGGUGGCUAUUGCUGCUGUCUGUGUUUGUGUGGCUCUUCUCUUUAAGAGCUGUCCUGAAGUUCUGUUUGUGUUCCGUCCCUUCAGGUGGGAAUUGUUGGACUACGGAUCUAGCUGAGUCAAUUAACUACUGCUCUACUAAUUUAAUCAGUGUGUUUGAUCUGCUCAGUUGAGCUCUAUCCUAUUGUAGAAUUUAGUGCUUUGGGGGAGGUUUCGUAUUUAUUCAGUAUAACUAUAUUGACCUGUUAUUUAUGUUGUUCCUAGAAAGCAAUAAUGUUUAUGCUU